GUUUGCAAGUUAACGCUUUCACCACUAUGGCGCGCCUGUGAAUGAUGGCCUGCCCACGGCACACCGUAUUUGAACAGUUGUUGCUGCAGCUUCGAAAAGUGAUGAUAUAGUUUGGCUUUGUUGCGAGAAAAUCAUGUUUUUCAAUUAUCGGGACAGUUUUGUUAAAAGAAAGUGCAUCUGAUUUGAAUGCUCAAGAUUGAACAUGUGUUUAUUUAUUGGUGAUCAUAAUUGGUGGUGUAUUAAAAUCCAAAAAAGGGUCAACCCAGUGAUGCACUUCUUUUUCAUCUGGUGAGCUCCCAUUACAACCCUCUCCAGCAAUGUCCGGAAUGACUGGAUAUGACCAGACCACAAAUUACACAAACAGCCCAUAUUCAUACAUCCCAGGGGUUCAAGGCGGCCAAGAUCCUAGUGCUCUGAAUCCCGAUCCUCGACAACUAGCUUCACAAUGGCAUCAGUACCCACAGCAGCCUCAACAUCCUUCAAUUCAAGGGUCACCAACGCAACACCGGUAUCCUUAUUAUGACCGUAAUGGGUAUUACGUUCAUCAAGGCUCCGGAAGUGACUCGCAAAAUGCCACUUGGCAUGAACCCGUUCCACCCUCUGGGCGUCCAGACUCGCCAAUAGGUGUUCAACAAGUGACUGCUCAGCACCAUCUUUUUAAUCAGCAAGGGCAAACUCAAUAUACUUGCAAGCUUGCUUCGAAUAAUCCACCUAGUCCUCAAGUGCAACAAAAGAUAGAAUCCAGUUCUCAACCUCACCCAACUGUUUCCUCACAACCUCAGUAUCAACAAUAUCCGUGCACUAUAACACAAAGUCAACAUCCACAAAUCUACAAUAACAAUAUUCCACAACCCAAUCAACCACCCCCUCCCCCUCCGCCCCCUCCUCCAUCGUCUGCUCAGCAAUGCAGUGCCACUGGUCCAGGAUCUGCAGUGGUACCAAGUCCAUACAACAUUGGACCCGAACAACAUACCCAAGCAAACCUGAACCCUAGCCAACCAAAUACUCAACAAAACGCCUCACAAGCACCACUUCCGUCUCCUCUCUAUCCUUGGAUGAGAAGUCAAUUCGAGCGAAAGCGUGGUCGUCAGACAUACACCCGAUAUCAAACAUUGGAAUUGGAGAAAGAGUUCCAUUUUAACCGUUACCUAACCCGACGACGGCGAAUUGAGAUUGCUCAUGCUCUAUGCCUAACUGAGAGACAAAUCAAGAUAUGGUUCCAAAACCGGCGAAUGAAGUGGAAAAAAGAGAAUAAAUCCAAACUGGACGGAGCUGAAGGAUUGGACGAUUCUCCACCAGGGUCACAGUGAAAUCGAAGACAAACAUUUAUGGCUGCAUUUACAGAGACCAAAUUCGUCGCAUCAAUGCAUUUGGGAUGCCCAAUUUUUAGCAUAUGAAAGCCGGAACAAGCCUGUUCCAGCUAAUGCCAAAGUUCUCUAGAUAUUUUUUUCUUAUUACAUGUUUAGUGAAGCAUUUGCAUAACAAAUGAAAAUUAAACGACGUGUACAUAAA